UUAGGUCCGCUGCUUUCGGAUCGUUAUUCAGCCGCGUCGUUGUGGAUUCUAUGCCAGUUUUAUCUUGUUUGUCUGGUAGUGAAUUAAAGUAACAAUCGGAUGUCCAUGGACAUUCCGUUGUAUUUUUGACUGUCGGAGAACAGACGCAGAUAACAGUAAUUGCUCAAUGAAGUCGGUCCUAAUGAGUUCUGAACGGAUUACUCCCGCUUUGGAAAGCUGACCGAGACAAUGAGGAUGAGACCUUGGCAAUUUUUAGUUUUCCUUGCGUUUUGCUUCCCUUCUUCUGUCAGCGGAAGGCAUCCAACGUGUCACUUCCUGUCAGACCUGAAGAGGGCGGAGGAAGAAUGUACGGCGAGACUGAAAGACGAGCCCCCUUUCGGCUCCAAAGGCUGCAGAGGGACUUGGGAUAACAUAUCGUGCUGGGACCACUCGGAGGUGGGGAAGGUGGUCACCAUUCCUUGUCCGGUACCGCUCAAGAACCUCUUUGGCAGAAACGGAAACAUAAGCAAGAACUGUACGGAGGACGGCUGGUCGGAAGUGUUCCCCAGCAUAAACAGUGCCUGCGAAUUGGAGACGUCAGAGAGCAAGCUGGUGUUUUACAUGGUGGUGAAGACCCUGUAUACUCUUGGGCACAGCUUGUCCUUGAUUGCUCUCAUCACAGGGAGUGCCAUUCUAUGUCUUUUCAGAAAGCUCCACUGCACCCGGAAUUACAUCCACCUGAACUUGUUCCUGUCGUUCAUCCUGAGGGCCGUGGCCACGCUGGUGAAGGAUGCUGUCAUCUUCUCCCACAACGACAGCCUGGAAUGCACAGAGCAGCCGUCCCUGGUCGGAUGCAAGGCUAGCCUUGUCUUUUUUAACUACUUCAUCAUGGCCAACUUCUUCUGGCUGCUGGUGGAGGGGCUGUACCUCCACACUUUGCUGAUGGUGAUAUUCUCUGAGAACAGGCACUUCAUCGUCUAUCUCCUGAUUGGCUGGGGAUGCCCGACAGUAUUUGCAGUAGCCUGGAUUAUCACUAGGAUACAUUUAGAAGAUACUGGCUGUUGGGAGAGAAAUGACAACCCCAUUCCAUACAGACUUGUCGAUGGUCCCAUAGUGUUCUCUAUUGUGGUAAACUUCAUCUUGUUCAUCAGUAUAAUACGGAUCCUGGUUCAGAAACUCAGGUGUCCAGAUGUGGGUGGAAAUGACCAGUCUCAAUACAAGAGGCUGGCCAAAUCCACUCUACUGCUGAUCCCUUUGUUUGGAAUCAAUUAUGUCGUGUUUGGGUAUCUGAAGGAAAUUGAACCCAUGGAAAAUUACAAAAUAUUUUUUGAUUUGGCCAUCGGGUCAUUUCAGGGCCUGGUUGUUGCUAUUCUUUACUGCUUUUUGAAUAGUGAGGUUCAGGGCGAGCUGAAGAGGAAGUGGAGGAGCGUCUGCCUGACCUACAUGAGCCGGGACUACAGGCUCCACAGCUCCUCCAUCUCGCGGAACGGGUCGGAGAACAUGUCCCAGUUCCACCGCAACUCCCGGGCCCAGUCCUUCCUUCAGACGGAGACGACGGUUCUGUGAGAGGGGAGGAGUACACCUCUGCAUCGCCGGGCGCGCGCGCCACGUAACCGCCAUUUCAUUGUGCUCUGCAUGUUGCCUAUGCGGAUCAAUGUCAUUAGAGCUGUCAGUUUAAUGUUUAAGGAUCGUAUGUGUGAUGACAGUUCUGCCUCUUACGUUUUAAGAAGGUUGAUUAUACGU